GAUGGCCGCUGCUGCAGCAGCGGUGGCGGCGAAGGAGGGGUGGCGGGUCAUGGCGGUGGGGGAGUCCCGGGGCCUGCGGGUGCUGAAGAAACAGGGCGCUGCGGCCGCCACUGUGUGUCGUAGCUGAGGGGGUCGGUGGCCGCUGCGGGGAGCCCGGCCCGUGUGGUUAUGUUUCACACUAUGUGCUGACUGUCUGUACUUACAGAAGAUAUUUAAAAACAAACAGACUUUUUUUCAAACAUUUUGAUUCCAGUGGAAUCUGUGCUUUAGAUUUUUGUCUUGUCAAUUAACUCCUGAAACAAUGCCUGUACAAGCUCCACAAUGGACGGAUUUUCUCUCCUGCCCAAUUUGCACACAGACUUUCGAUGAAACAAUCCGAAAGCCUAUCAGCUUGGGUUGUGGCCACACUGUCUGCAAGAUGUGCCUCAACAAGCUCCACCGUAAGGCAUGCCCUUUUGACCAGACCACUAUCAAUACAGACAUUGAACUCCUUCCUGUGAACUCAGCCUUGCUGCAGCUAGUGGGUGCUCAGGUUCCUGAGCAGCAGCCAAUUACUUUAUGUAGUGGAGCUGAAGAUACCAAGCAUUAUGAGGAGGGCAAGAAAUGUGUGGAAGAACUGGCACUGUACCUCAAACCACUCAGCAGCGCAAGAGGUGUGGGUCUUAACAGUACUACUCAGAGUGUGCUAAGUCGUCCCAUGCAAAGGAAACUUGUGACAUUAGUUCAUUGCCAGCUAGUGGAGGAAGAAGGGCGAAUCAGAGCUAUGCGUGCAGCACGGUCACUUGGUGAAAGAACAGUCACAGAGCUCAUUCUUCAGCAUCAAAAUCCUCAGCAGCUCUCUUCCAACCUCUGGGCUGCAGUGAGAGCCAGAGGGUGCCAAUUCCUUGGACCAGCAAUGCAAGAGGAGGCUUUAAAGCUAGUUCUCCUGGCUCUGGAAGAUGGAUCUGCUUUAUCACGGAAGGUCUUGGUUCUCUUUGUGGUUCAGAGGCUAGAGCCGCGAUUUCCUCAGGCUUCUAAAACUAGCAUUGGGCAUGUUGUCCAGCUUCUUUACAGAGCCUCAUGCUUCAAGGUGACAAAACGAGAUGAGGAUUCCUCCCUGAUGCAACUGAAGGAGGAAUUUCGGACUUACGAAGCUCUGAGAAGGGAACAUGAUUCCCAGAUAGUUCAAAUAGCCAUGGAAGCAGGUUUACGCAUUGCACCAGAUCAGUGGUCCUCACUGUUAUACGGAGACCAGUCUCACAAAUCCCACAUGCAGUCUAUCAUUGACAAGUUGCAGACCCCAGCCUCAUUUGCACAGAGUGUUCAGGAAUUAACUAUUGCUCUUCAGAGGACUGGAGAUCCAGCUAACCUGAAUCGCCUUCGACCCCACUUAGAGCUCCUAGCAAAUAUCGAUCCCAGUCCAGAUGCUCCACCUCCAACAUGGGAACAACUGGAAAAUGGACUGGUUGCUGUGAGGACUGUGGUUCAUGGCUUAGUUGAUUAUAUUCAGAAUCACAGCAAGAAAGGAACAGAUCAGCAACAGCCUCCUCAGCACAGCAAGUACAAGACAUACAUGUGCAGAGACAUGAAACAGAGAGGAGGAUGCCCUCGGGGGGCCAGCUGCACCUUUGCGCAUUCACAGGAGGAGCUAGAAAAAUUCCGUAAAAUGAACAAGCGUUUGGUUCCCAGAAGACCCCUGAGUGCCUCCCUCGGCCAGCUAAAUGAGGUGGGCCUGCCUUCAGGAGCUAUCCUCUCAGAGGAAGGGGGAGUGGAAUUGCCCAAUAGGAAAACUUCUGCUCUGCCAAAUGGAAUUGUAUCAACAGGCAGCACAGUGACGCAACUUAUUUCUCGAGGGACUGACUCCAGUUAUGAAACGGCUCUGAAACCAGGGAAGAUGGACCAUCUGAGUAGCAGUGCCCCUGGAUCCCCUCCUGACUUGAUGGAAUCUGUUCCCAAGAGCUCUAUUUCUGCCUUACCAGUGAACCCUCAUCCUGUGCCUGCUCGGGCACCAACAGAUCUGCCUUCGGUGUCAGUCACCAAGCAGUUGCAAAUGGUACCACGAGGGUCUCAGUUGUAUAAUACUCAGCAAGCAGAUAUGUUUUAUCAGGAUCCUAGGGGAACUGCCCCACCAUUUGAGCCAGCACCCUACCAACAAGGAGUUUACUAUCCCACUCAGUCGAUGUCUCGCUUUGUCCGACCUCCUCCAUCAGUUCCUGAACCUGGUCCACCUUAUUUAGACCAUUACCCACCCUACCUUCAGGAUCGUGUGGUGAGCCCACAGUACACACAGCCGCAGCAGUAUCCUCCUAUGGGACAACCCAUAUACCCACCUCACUACGACAGUCGUCGUGUAUAUCCCCCUGUCCAGCCAUAUCAACGAGAGGAGGUUGUCCGAGGAAGCCCUGUACCCAUUGAAAUUCCACAAGCAGCUGUACCCUCCUACAUACCUGAAUCAAGAGACAGAUACCAGCAAACAGAGGGUUAUUGCCCAGUGACUCCACAUCUAGGUCAGAUCAGACCUUCAUGCCACAGGCCUCAUCCUAGCCUGGAUGAACUUCAUCGGCGAAGGAAAGAGAUCAUGGCCCAGCUAGAAGAGAGGAAGGUGAUUUCUCCACCUCCUUUUGCACCAUCACCAACCUUGCCUCAUCCUUUUCAUUCAGAGGAGUACUUAGAUGAAGAUCUGAAGGUAGCUGGGAAAUACAAAGGAAAUGACUACAGCCAAUACUCUCCUUGGUCCUGUGACACCAUCGGCUCCUACAUUGGAACCAAAGACGCAAAACCCAAAGAUGCUGUGGCAGCAAGGAGUGUGGAGAUGGCGAACGUAGAUAGUAAAGGCAUGCGUGACCAGCGAUUAGACAUGCAACGAAGAGCAGCAGAGACUGGUGAUGAUGACCUUAUUCCAUUUGGAGACCGACCAACUGUGUCGAGAUUUGGGGCUAUUUCUCGUACUUCCAAAGCCAUGUAUCAGAAUUCUGGUCCCAUCCAGGCCAUGGCAGUUCAGGGAGCUAACACCAAAUCUAUCAUUUCAGACUACAGUCCUUAUGGAACUCAUGGUGGCUGGGGAGGCUCUCCAUAUUCUCCUCAUCAAAAUAUACCUUCUCAGGGACGUUUCAAUGACAGGGAGAGACUGUCCAUGUCAGAUGUGGCUGGUCAUGGGAAACAGUUGCCCUCAGCUGAAAGAGAGCAGCAGCUGCGCAUGGAGCUGCAGCAAGUAGACCACCAGAUUAGCCAGCAGACACAAAUGCGAGGACUAGAGGCUGUUAGUAACAGGCUGCUGUUGCAGAGGGAGACGACUACCCUGGCAGGCCAACCACAGCCCCCACCGCCACCUUCCAAGUGGCCUGGGAUGAUCUCAAGUGAACAGCUGAGCUUGGAGCUACACCAGGUGGAAAGGGAAAUUGGGAAGAGAACCCGUGAGCUGAGCAUGGAGAGCCAGUCUUCACUGGAUAUAAAAAACAAACUGGGCACCACUAAACAGACAGAAAAUGGACAAUUAGAACCGCAAAGCAAGGUUCCGGCUGAGGACCUUGCACUGACAUUCAGCAGUGAUGUUCCAAAUGGAUCAGCUUUGACACAAGAGAACAUUGGCCUCCUGUCAAACAAGACAGCAUCUCUCAGCCUGUCGGAGGACCCAGAGGGAGGAGGAGACAACCAUGACUCCCAGAGAGCGGGAGUUACACCCACAUCUGCUCCAUGAAGUGAGGCCAGCAUACCCCAGAGUUUAUUUUGCUGGGGUGUUCAUAGCUUCAGUCACGUUUUUUAUAGGGGUGAUUGGAGAAACCCAGGAGCAACAGCAGUAGCAGAGCAGCAGGUCCAGAGGCAAUGUGCACAAACACAACUACUAGAAACAAAUCCUGCACAUAGUUCACAUUAACGCAUUUUUUAAUUAAAAAAAAAUGAAAAUUAGCAGUAUCUGCAAGCAAUUCAAAUUAAAUUUGUUUUUGUUCUGUGAAUGAACUUUAUUUUAAUAACUUUGGACGCCUUGAAUCCCAGGGCUUAAAAAAAAAGAUAUUAUAUAUAUACUCUGUUUGAUUAAUUGUAUGAUCUUAAUGAAGUAGGUUUUUUUCUUUUAUUUUGGUAUUAUUACAUAACCAGUGCAUAAUUCCUUAUCACCUUUAAUUUCUCAACAACUAAAACACCCUGGCUGCUUCCUUGUGUGGUUUAAGGAUAAACAAGGAAUAAGGGUUGGAGAGUAGCUGUGAAUUGCAGUUUCAAAAGAUGUGCAGCAAGCAUCAUUCUUAAAACGGUUCCUCCUAUUGUGGUUAGGAGCUGAACACAAGCUUAUGCAAGACUUUUACUUAAAUUACUUAGGUUUAAACUAUAAGUGACAGAAUCUUUGCGGUGCAGCAGGUGUGGUCCUUACUGUGUGUCCCAGCGCAGCAUGUGUAAUAAAACAGGAUAACGAAAUAAGUGUCUUAACAUUUUAUUUGAAGGUUGCUUGCCUUCUAUUUUGUUGGGACUGAAGAGGUCAGCAGAAUGCAGACCAGUCUACUACAGCAUUGUUACUUCUGAAGCUGGCUGGCUGGGGUUUGUGGUAGACAGACUUAACUAAAGCCUCUCUGCCUGAAGUCUCUCUAACUAAAGUCUUCACAACAAUGAAGGUUGUGCAGCUGUGACCAGGGCAGAAUCUCAGGAAACAGGAAGUAGAGAGCACAUAAGGUUAUAUGGUUGUUGGAAGGAUGUUAACUGCUGAUGAGCUGGUGAACUUAUUUGGUCCAGUGUUUGCCAUUCUGUUUGGGUUUGGAUUCCAAAUCCCACAUACCCCCUUUUCUCACUUAUGCCUUUAAAACAAGCUUACCCGAAGUCCAUAUUAUUAAGCUGAUGCAGAAAGACUUAGUGACCUCUGCCUUUUGAAACCCAUCUUUCAUGUAUGCCUCCUUCUCAGGAACUCUUGUCUUUGGGUUGUUUUUAUUUAUUGCUAUUUUAUUAUUAAAAUAUUUUCUCUAUAGCCUGAUUAUUUUUUUCCCUUUUGUUCAGUGAUACAUCAGUUAUUUAAUUGUAAUGCUGUUGUGAGGGCCUUUUACUGGAGGAGAUCAGCAUCAUUGCCAUCAAUGAUGAGCACAAAUCAAUCUUCAAAUAGAAUGGAGGGGGAUUUUUUUUUAACUUAAAAAUCCUGUGUGUAUUAGAAUUUGACACCUGUGAAUCAAUCUGCAUCUUGUCUGCCACUGCUGCAUUGAAUCCUUCCUAGAUUACCCCUUCACAGGGGAAAAAAUGCAUCAAAAUGACCACUUAAGGCGCAGCACAGAUCCUGUCAGAAGUUGUGAAAAGUGAACUUCGUGUAAUAGAUCUAGUGUGCUACCUCCAAGAUGAUGCUUUGUAAGCUUAAGUUGGAGAAACAGUAAGCCUUUGUAGAUGUUUUCUUUAAAAGUUAAAGAAAUCAAGAGAUUUUGGUUUUGCUGCACAUUUUUUUAAUCUUUCAACAUGCACUGCAUUGGGACCCUGUACUCAAAGAAUCCCAUGGAGAAUGAUUCAAGUGCUGCUCCCUCUGUAUCUUGGCCUGUUCUUGGUUUUUCUUUCUGGAUUAAACUACUAAAUCAGAAAGCACUGGUUAUGUAAUAAAUUACUGCAUUGCUUUGGUUGGGUAAAGCAAGAGUUAAUAAAUUUUCUUCGUUUUUAGGUUUUUGUCCUUAACUCCUCCUGAGGUCAUAGCAACCUUGGGCUAAGCUUUGCAUUCAUCAUACUGUUAAAUAAAACAAAAUGGGGGGGAGGGGAGGGGAUACAGUCCCACUAUUGCCUACCAGUAGGAGAGUCCAAACAGAAGACUCUUUUGAGUAGCAAUUAUUUAAUUUGCCCAGUCAAGGCACCGCGUUUAUAUACUAUUUCACAUUGAAUUUGAUUAUGCCCUACAGACCUGGCUGGUCAAGGAUUUGAUACACAUAUUGGCUUGGGAUUCGAGCUUUCUUUUUUAUUUAAAUAAAAAUUUAUAUGUAAAUAUA